AUGGCGGGGAAGUCGCUCGCUAGAGAGGACCUCCCCGUCCCGAGGAAGCUGCCCGUCAUCGCAGACCUUAACGUCGACCCGCCGGACAGCGACGGCGAAGACUGCUCCCUCCUCCCCGGUUCCUCGAUCAGGUUGUCUUCGUUUCCUUCCCCUUCCCCUUCCUCUCCUCUCUCUCUAUCUCUCUCUCCAUUCUUCCGUUUCUCUCAUUCCAUCUCUCUUUCCCUCUAUCUAUAUCCUUCCCUCACCUCCAUUUCGCUCUCUCUCUGUCACACACCGACACAGACACACACGAACACAUGCUGUAAACGCCACGAAAUGGAACCGCGUAAUUCAACCCUAAUGUCAUCUGCGAUUAAUCUGCAUUUUUUUUGGGUCGCAGCGAUAUGCUCAAUUGAAACCAUAUCCGCUGGUAGAAUCUAUCAUUCAUUCUCGUGGGUUUACCAGCUGCCAUGGUGGAUGUGCAGUAUCGCGGAUAAAACUCUCGUCUUUGCGGAUCAUCCGUGACCUAGGUAGCCAAACAUCAGGAAGUUCAUCCCUUCGAUUUCAUCUGUACUUCAUCCGUAGUCAACUGCAUCUGUAGCUUCAUGUCAUUCUCCUGCGGCAUUUUAUUUAUAAUUAGAUCCCAUCCGCAAGGAGAAAAAACUACUGCAGAGCAACCCCUUCUCCUCCAGCGCCGGCGUGCUUAGGUUAAGUAUCGACUGAGGGUUUUCCGCAUUAUGGCCUUAGUUUUCAGAUUCUCGUGCUCCAGAAAUGACUCGAUCUGAGCAUUGCUGCAAUGAUUAAUUUAGACGAGAAAAUUUUGAGAAGAAAAUCACUUUACAAGAAGCAAUUACGGAAAAAACAACCAGAAUCGAGAUGAUAGAUUGAGAGUGUUCUCAGAAUAAUGCAAACCUGAGAAGAGGGGUUCCACAAGACGGAGCAUCAAAGAAACAGAGCGCAUGGAUUAAAGGUAGGUUCAAGAUACAGAGAAGAAGAGAAGGGGGGGGGGAGGUUGGACGUUCAAGGAGAUAUUCCAAAUAUUUUCUACCUUGCUUUAUGCUGUUGAUGCUCAUUUUAAAGUGGCUGUAUGUACCUGAGUAAACAUGAACCCUGACUUAAUGAGUUAUGCAAAUCUGGGUUCAAUAUAACUGCCUACUUCUAAGGAUUUGUCAGAUCAUGAUGAGUCUCUGAUGAUGACUUCAACAUCUUUCCCAGAGGUGUCAUCUUUGGAAUUUCUUUCCAUUGGAUAAUUAAUUGAAUGGCUUCUUGAUUGGCUCUAUGAUCAUACCUAUUCAAUGUCUGUAAAUCAUUCAAUAUGCAUGUUUUGAGCAGAAAAUCAAGUAAACAUCUCCCAGUAAAUGAAGAUAUUGAAAAAUCAGAUAUAUGACCUUUAUUCAAGUUGUGUCAGGUGCCUGUAAAAAAUUGACAAACUGCACUUUUGAGUGUUGACAACUAAUUUACACAGUGACCAUUGAUGUUCUCUCUUUUUAACAUUGAGGAAGGGGUUAUCUUCUUGCUCAUUCAACAUAUGAUUUGUCUCAAUCAAAAUCAUAAUUGGGUACAAUCUUACUUUUUCCCUUUGAAAAGGAGAAAGAGAAGGAUGGAGGACAUUGAGGACGAAGAAAUUCCAAAAAUCUUUUAUGUCCUGCCUUUGUUGUGCUCACUUUAAAGUGAUUGGAUCUGCAUGAGUACACCAAAUGCCAGAGUUCAUGACUUGGACAUGAGAGCAGUAAAACUGUUCACUCUGCAGGGAUCUGUUCUAUCUGGUUCACGACACUAAUUUGAAGAAGUUUCCUUCCCCUUGAUGCUGGCUUCAUUUCUAACGCUUUAGUGACCCCUAUUCUUAUUGAUAUUUUUUCCACCGGUCAUUGGUUAGUUUGAAAGUGGAUUGUGCCACACUUGUUCAAUAUGCAAGAGAUCAAGAUAACAAGUAUAUGUCUAAUGUGCUAAAAGCCAGACUAUGCAAGAUCUCCAAACUUGAGUCUGUGAUGAUUAAGAGUGAGCUAACCCUUCCAGCCCUCUUGAAUCAAAGAUUAUUCUCUUUCUUGAUCUGGGGGAUGAACAAUCAAGGGAAGUAAUGACGUUACCUGCAAUUAGACAAACAAGAAAUAAGAUUAUGAAUCUGUUGAAGUAUGAAAGGUUGAUGAAUCUGUUUCCAGGAUUUGUAACCAGGAGAGGACUCACAUUCAAUACUUAUUUUGAGAGGUGACUUCCGACAAUAAUUGUUGGACUUUCUCAUAUCAUACCCAACGAGCAGACCAUUCAUCCUGUCCUCAUUUUGAUGAAUGUUCAAACUUUUUAUUUAGUUUUAUUAUCAAUUUCAUGACCCCAACUGUGUAUCCAUUGAAAAAAUAUGAAAUAAUAUAAUUUAGUAAAAUGUGCUUAUUGUAGGGAUGAGAGGGAUCCACUAAUCUAACAUUGUUGUACUGCUAUUUGCCAUAUUUUUUUAAAACUAAAUUCCUGACUAAAAUAAGCAAGGUAGGAUUGAUAGUGUCAACUUGUCAAAGUCUUCUCCUUCAAUUGUAGUAAGUGCAAGGUUUAUAAUUAAUCAAAAAUAUACCAGAAGUGGUGCAAAACUGAAUCCGACCAGUCCAUCUGCAAUGAAAGUUCAUCCUUUGCAACACUUGCGACUGGCAAUCUAAUCUACACAUUACAUAAAGUAAAACUGAGGCAUGGGAAAUAACUUGUGUUCAUUCAGUCUCCUGGACUAAGAUUUCUAAAAAUAAUAUGAUGUUAGGGUGUAAAAACUCGAAUGAUUUCUUUGUCAUAAAGAUUCAUAUCGUUCAUCUCUUGUUAUUCACAAAACUUGCUUAAAUGCUGUGACUAAUGCACAGGGUUUUGUAUUUGCACUCUAAAAUGAAUUGUGUAUAAUCGUUAAAUGAUAGCUAUAUAAAUUGUCGCUCCUUUUCAAUCAGGGUAAUGUUUGUCUAUAAUUUUUUGGUUCUACCUUAUUUUUCUUGUAAGGGUUUGUUCCUUUUGUCUUUUCUUGAGCAUAAUUUCACGGUAACCUGCUUUCUGAUGACUUUUCAAUUUAUAUCAUUCUGGUAAAAUCAUUUUAAAAGUACUUAACGUGACAGAAGUAUAUGCAGGAACAAUGAGGAAGUCAAAAAAGUGAAAACGAUCUCAACAGUUAAAGAUGCUGAUGUCAUGGAAAUAGAGGGUAUGAGUGUAUGUUCUGCAGUUGCUUUUUCAAGAUGCAAUUAUGAGUCUCCUUUUGAAUUUGGAAUUGAUGCAGAGGCUGAUCAACAGUGUCAAGGCAUUUCGGUUUCUCGUGAAGAAAAAGUCAGCAGUCUAAAAGCUGUGAGGGUUUUUUUUAUGAUUUCAAUCCAGUUUGGCUCACUUUGUGGAGAGUUCUUGUGUGUAGUUCUGUUCGUUAGCUGGUAUUUUGCUCCUCCAAGGGACUGCCAAUUCGUUAUCACUGAAUGCUAGUUCUUCCCCUUUGAGCUUGCCAUUGACAAUUUUUUUGAUUGCCCCAUUUUGAUUUGUUCGACAAAGUACUUACAGAACUAUCAAACAUUAUUUAUUUUCGGUACCUUUUGGAUGCUUAUCUAACAUCCUUCUCGCCAUGUUUGCUAUAAGGUCUCCUUUUCCAGUCCAAGGCACUGGCAAGUGGAAAAUGGUUAUUUUCUUUAUGAACGUUGUUUCUGUGCGAUGCAUAAAUGCAUGGAUCUGUACAUAUUUUUUGACUAAGUUGCCACAAUUAGGCUCGACGACCGGGAGAAGCAAAACGAAAUCCGGAUUUGGCCGAAAAAUAUACAACGCUAUGGAUACCAUGACCGAUCACCAUCGAUAAAGAAGAAUCUUUCUAAAUCACUUCGGGUCAGCGGGGCCUUCAAGCGUCCGAAAUAUGCCAGGGUUUUAAAUGACAUAGUUUUUUCUUGAGUUCUCUCAAUGCUUUACAUGACUUACAGCCCUUUGUUCCGUAGCCCAUAAUACUCUUUACGGGAACAACCAUCAUUCAUGCCAGAUUAAUCUUCCUGAAGGAUUUUGGGUAUUUUAUAGAGUUAUUGUGCGUAAACUGCAUUCAUUCUUAAUGUCCUUUUGAAAGUUGAAUAGCUUGUUUGAACUUUAGCAUUUACGAGACCCUCAAUCAUGUUUCCUUUAUAUUAAAGAGGUUGCAUGCUUGCUUUAUAUUAAAGUAAUCCUAGUUCGAGUUUCGACUGAAUUCCCCUCUAGUUUGCAUUCAAAUUCCACUGUCACAGCUCAAACAGGGUUGGGUUUGGUUGUUCAUCAUUCUCCAGUUGAAGAAACGUAGGAGAUGUCAUGUAUACUAGCAACUUUAUUCUUCCCACUUUUUUUGAAAUGCAAAUGAAAGUUUAAUGUGCCUAAAAUCCGAUGCAUUUUUAUGCAAUAACUUCAAAAAUCUAAGUUUUAGAUCUCAUGAUGAUUAUCAACAGGGUCUCAUACAUGUUGCAAGGAAGAUGCCCAAAAAUGCUCAUUGUCAUUUCCUACUUGGCCUGAUGUAUCAGAGAUUGAGUCAACCACAAAAGGUAACUGGAUAUUAUAAAUAAAUAUUCCUAUCCAAAGUAAUACUAUUCAUUCAUAGGUUUGCUAUUGAUGGCGCCACCUUCAUAAAUUUUGCCCAAUGGAUUGUUUUUCCUUGUAACAUGUACCAGGCAGUAAUAGCAUUAGAGAAAGCAUCUGAGAUAUUACUCGGAUGUGAGGAGGAAAAUCGUCGUCCAGACUUGCUCUCCUUAGUGCAAAUACACCACGCCCAGGUGAUUUUGGAUUUUUACGACAAAGAAUCUCGUCUGCUUCUUUUUAUCUUUCUACUUCAAAAUGUGGAGGAUAUUUAUGUAUGCUUUACUGUCCCUUCAGUGUGUUCUGCAAGCUAGUAGUGGUGAUGGUUCUGAUAAAGAACUUGAAGCAGAAGAACUAGAAGAUGUUCAUAUAAGGCUAAAAGAAUCCAUGCAAAUUGAUACCAGGCAUGGUGGUGUUUGGAGUACACUUGGUCUCAUACUUCUUAGAACAGGCCGCUUACAGGUACGAAAAGAUUUUUUUCAUCAAGCAGCUCAUUUUUGAUUUCUUGGUGAGAUAAGAAAUUCGUCUUACCAUGUACUCUCUUUUUCUUCAGAGUGCUAUUUCAAUUUUGUCAUCUCUGUUGGCAUUUUGUCCUGACAACUUGGAUGCCCUUGCCAAUCUUGGCAUCGCCUACCUUCAAAGGUAUGGAAUUAUAGUCAUCUCAGGAUUUAAAAACUGUAUAUUUUCUAUUUUAGUUUCCCACUAUGGUUUGUACUUUUAGUUAAUUAAUUUUCCUUCUGUAAGAGUGAUGGUGGAAUGUCAUUUUCUUUGAAAAUUGGGGUUUCAAAUAAAAGUUCUCAGCGAUUCAGUCUUCCAAAAGAUUCAAAUGUUCAUGUUUGGAACACCCCUGUAUGUUUUUGUUCUAGGAUGAAGGUCGAGCGACUACGAUUUGAUUACUGCCUUUGCCUUGAUCCUCGUUCUCAAAAUGUGUGUCAAAUGUGUUUUAAUAGCUUUCAUCAUAUUAAUAUCAUCAGAACGUUGACCUUUUUUGACGCACAUUAAACAAACUAUUUCAUUUUAGGCUUCCUUCAUUUUUUAGGUUAUUAGUGGAAUUGUAGUUUUCUUUUCAUCUUUUUUACUGUAUGGUAACUGAAACGGUAACUUGCAUUUCUGUUUGAUUUAUUUCCGCUAAUAGUGCUCAUUCUGUUCUCCCUGCUGAAACUUAAUUUUCCUGUUUCUGGAUGUUACUCCUACCUCAAAAAUUCAGGUUCACAUUCCUGCUUAAAACACUGUUAGUAAUAUUUUUCAGAAAGGGAUUACUCAACCAGCUCCCUGAUUAUGACUUUUUAUCAUGAUUUUCUGGCCGUUUAACCUGUUUUUGUUUCUUUUACAGUGGCAAUUUGGAGCUUUCAGCUAAGUGUUUCCAAGAACUUGUCCUCAAAGACCAGAACCAUCCUGCUGCACUGGUCAACUAUGCAGCUAUGCUUCUGUGUAAAUAUGGAUCAAUAAUUUCAGGUACUCCCUUUUGUUGAUACGAAUUGGCACCAGCUUUACUAGAGUCCGACAAUGCCAGCUAAGCUUGGUUCUGUCACAUAAGUUCUUACUCGCAAAUUUAUCGUUUUUUUUUGCUUUUAUUAAUUUUGGCUAUGUUGAUCCAAAUCUGAUCAGAAUGGCUUGGUUGAGUCAGUAUGGGCCUCAUGAGUGUUGAACCGAUUCAGUACUGAAUCAACUUCAUUCAAAGUCAAAAUCAGCCUUGGACACUUUGGUGCACAUGCUAGAUUCCUGGCUCUUUGAACAUCGUAGCGAAUCUCGAGUCAGAAAAGUUUUUGACAUGUGGGCUAAUCGAUGAGUCAUCCUGAGAACUGGUUACCUCGUUUCUUUGCAAUCAUUGGAAGGGAGGGAGGGGAUAAUGGAAUCGAAUGAACUUGAGAAAAAUAGAAUGUUUGCGGGGGAAAGUUGUAUGGUGGUCAGGCAGAUAUUUGAGUCGCUGAUUUGGGCUUUCUUUCAGCUGAUGAUGCACAAAGUGAGCAUUUGGAGGCUCUAAUAGAUCUCAUUGGUAGAUGAUGUUUUGUGGGUUCCAUCAUAGUGUCUUCAUUGGUUGUCAGAGUGGGGAAGAUGAAUUUUUUGGCCUACAUUAUUCAUACAAAUCGGAAUCAGCAUCAGGUAGCUGUCAGGGGGAACAUGUGAGAACAUAAUUCCUUCCACCUUUGUAGUGUCAUUGUCGAAGCAGUCAGGUAUUUCAUUUUACUUCCUUGCCACGGGAAGCAGUGAGGGAUGUGGAAGAAUGAUAGAUUUUUCUUAUCAAUGGAAGGGGAAUAAUGAAUGUAGAUGUCACCGUUAUCUCAAACUAGGAAAUGAGAUUGUGACAUGGACUUGGAGUAAGUUAGAUGCGCUUAUUUCCUACUAGUCUAUGUAUGGCCACUGCCUUUUUCUGUUGUCUAGAAAAAACCAUCUCACCAUGAACAUUCAAAAUAAAAUAGCCACUUGUCUUCAAGCGGGAUAUCUUUUUUGCUGAUCAAAUUUGUAUGCGUCAGAAUGGGCGCAAUCUUUUUCAGAUCACAAAGUGAUCUUUCUGUUUAUUUCUUCAUUUUUUAGGUCCUGGUGCUAGUGCGGAUGAAGGAGCAUUCCCUGAACAAAUUGAAGCAGCAAACGUUGCAAAGGAGUGUUUACUAGAAGCCACAAAGGGUGAUUCCAAAGUGGGAACAAUUUGGGUGAAUCUCUCUAAUGCUUAUUAUGUUCUAGGUGACCACAAAAAUGCAAGAAGGUGCUUGGAGCAGGUGUUGUAUUUUUCUCCUUUUCUACUGGUGUUAACAUUUUAUUUAUGAGAUUUUAGUUCAAGCACUUUGACUUUUAGUUUAAGGGAAAAGCUUCAAACGUCAUUGUCCUCGUUAAAAGGUCCGUCUGUCUCAUUUAUUUUUAGGUGAGUGACCUGUAACGCUCAAGUCUAUGACUGAAGCUCUCUCAACCCUGAUCUUUAGACAUUUGACACAUUUUACUGAAUAAUACCUAUGUAAUAAUUGUAAGUAGGAAAGGAGGCAGGUAACUAGUGUAAAACCUUUUGAGUCGAGCUUCCCUCGUUCAGGAUUCCAUCUUAAAUUUUGUGGUUUUGUUGUCGUGAUUUAGAACUCGUCCCUUUUUAAAAAUCUUGGUUGCAUUUAGGUUGUUUUUCUAUGGAUUGAGAUGCUUCUCCAAAAAUAUUUCAAUCUUGUGCGUCUUAAACUUGACCCAUGUCAAGAUCACUAUAAUGAAAUUCUAGUGCUCUUGACAACUCUCUUGAAUGCAGAUUUUCUAAUUGUGCACCGCGUAGAUCUUAGGAAUUUCAUAUCCUGUAAUCACUUUCAUUGUUUUUUGGCUUGUGUAACAUCCCAGAUUUCUCAAAGUAGACAAGUUUAGAAUCUCUUAUAAGCAGAACUUGGCUGAUUGAUAUCCCCUGCUUUGAAUUCAUCCAGACCAACUUUUGAGCAUCCUUUGUCUAGACAUUUAUCGAAAUAUCUUUUGUCUUGGACUUGUGUUUUGUAAAUCUGUCGGUAUUAUACACUCUUUGAGGCAUUUGCUUACUGGAUUGAAAAUAUAAGUGUGCAUGUACCUAGUCAUUGCCACUUAAGCAUGAACGUUUAGGACUUGAUCCCGUCUCUUUUUCAGGCAUAUUAAUUUUUUUCACAAUUCAGGAACUGUUGCAUUCUUUACCUUAGGAAGGAGUUAUCAUAGUAUGCGAUGAAAAUACACUUCUAUCACUUAGUUUCGCUAUUCAACCGUAACUUGGUGUAACUCACGCGAGUAUGAUUCUCUUUUCAAGAGUUUGGCUUGAUGAUGACAGUCAUUGGCCCAGUCAUACAAUCUGAGGUUUUUUAACAUAAACUACUAAUUCGACGAUAACUCUCUUCACAGUUUUGUGCUAUUUGGUGGAUCAGUCCACUUUAAAGACACAACCAAGCCACUAUGAUCUGUGGUUUUAUAUUCUUCAAGCACUAUUCUGUUUCUGCUGGUCUUGCUUAGUGCGGGUAUAUGACGCUUACUGGCAUAUCUUGCUAGUGGUAAAAAUAACCAUUAGCGCUAAAAUCUUUGGAUUACCCGCUAAGAAGAUUUAAAUUUCUUAAUGGAAGGGUAUGGUUGUAAAAUGUUUCAGACGUUUCAUAUAUGCUUCUAUGUUAUUGAUGUGUCUGUUUCCAUUGGCCUCAAUUAUGAUUUACUGUUGUAGCCUUCCCAUUUUAAUACCAUCUUCGUAACGUAGUCUACUUCAGGUCAAACUGCAAAACUUACAGUAUCUUCAUUUAGUUAAGUUUUUUGGUCAAUUUUCUAUCUAUUUACUCUGAGAUAUGAUGAUUCCAAGAUUACGCACUUUUGUAUUUGAAUUAAAUUUUAAAAAUCGUAGUGUAGCUUAAAAAUGUGAGCAAUGUUUGCAUUACCAAAGAUUGAAUAAUUUAAUGUGGUUCAGUCAUCUCUCAUUUUUAUAACACAAUUCCAGUAACGGGACCAUUUUGGUUUGACGACAGGUUGAUGUGUUUACCCAAAUGUUUACAGGCAGCAAAGCUGGAGCCUAAUAUCAUGUCUACUCGAUAUGCUGUUGCUCUUCUUCGGAUCAAAGAUGUUGAACGGUCCCAAGAUCCUGCUGAUCAGUUGUUGUGGGCAGCAAAUGAGAUGGCAUCAAUACUAAAGGAGGGAGAUCCUGCAGUGAUUGACCUUCCAAUAGCUUGGGCCGGAUUGGCAAUGGUUCAUAGAGCCCAGCAUGAGAUUUCUGCGGGUUUUGAAACUUUGGAAAAGGAGUUGGCGGAGUCAAAGGAGAGAGCUCAGUGCUCCUUAAAGCAGGUUUUCAGCAGCUUUCAAUUAUUUUUCUGUCUUUCUUUCUUACCAUUGCUCUUUUAGAUUCUUUUUUCAUGGUGAAAGCUAUGUAUUCCUGUUUGACUUCAUUUAUAUCUUAUCUGGAAUUUUUAUUUUUCUUUUGAGGGAAUUGUGGGAAUACAACCUAGUGAGGCUAGAAUGGAACAAUGAAAACCUUAAAGCCUUAAUGUAGUAAUAUCAUUAGUUUUCAAUCUCUUUGAAUACAACGGCAAAAAUGAUCUUUUUUUAAUGCGGCAAACCAGAUGGUGAUGUGGAGAUGUCGAUACCCUGGUUACUUCUUAUGCAAUUGCAUGGUUUCACAUUCUUGUUUUAUCAUAUUUUUCUGUAUUUAAUGAACAUAACUAAGUCCUUGGUUUCAGAUAAGGUUUUUGCGUUGUUUCCUCCGCAUUGACAUAUCAUCUUUCUUCCAAUAUAAUCUGCAAUUUUAGGCAAUUGAGGUGGAUCCAGAUGAUGCAGUACAAUGGCAUCAGCUUGGCUUGCAUAGCCUCUGUACUCUCCAAUUCAAGGCUUCGCAAAAAUUUCUCAAGACUGCAGUUGCACGGUGCAAGGAAUGUAGCUACGCGUGGACGAAUCUUGGUAAGAUCCUAAAUAUUCUUCUUCAUCUUAUCCAAAACACGAGCAAACCCAUUCUCAUUGUUGACUUUUUAUGUUGCCCCUUUUUAUUUUAAGUCCAAACAUGAUACAGUGAGUCGAAAUUUAUCCACUUGUUCUAGGAUUUCUGUUGCCCCUUUUUAUUUCUGUUGCCCCUGAUAUUGCUUAUUCCAAUAUAGGAAACUGCGUUUCACCCUCGUUGACUCCACUUUCUUUCAGGCACCUCAUUGCAACUGUCGGGAGAUGCAUCCUCGGCGGAGAAGGUCUACCAAAGGGCGCUCUCAUUGGCUGCGGCCCGGCAAGUCCACACCAUCCUCUCCAACCUUGGAAAUCUCUACCGGCAGCAGAAGAGACUGGAUGCUGCCAGGACAAUGCUAGGGAAGUCACUGGAGCUGUGCCCGGGCUAUGCUCCUGCUCAUAACAAUCUCGGCCUUGUUAAUGCGGUGGAAGGCCGGUGGGAGGAGGCCGUCGCCUGUUUCAAGAGGGCCUUGUCGGCCGACCCAUUGCUCGAUGCUGCCCAGUCCAACAUGAUGAAGGCACUGGUUAUUUCCAAGGGCAACGCCCGAUGUAGAACAUCCAAAGGAGUUUAG